AUGGUGCAUAUCAUUGAGAAUCCGGUAGGUUUCAUUCGCAAAUGUCCUCCUCAAAAAGUGUAAUUCAGCCAAUUCCACUGGCAACGCCGAUUUACGAGGGAAUGAAGGCGAAUUCGUCCGUGGAAAUCUACGGGGACGUCUAUCAGGGACCACAGGGGUCAGUUUCCGUGCUGCGCCUUUAAAAUACCGUAUCCUUUUGGAUAUGCGUUUGAAGUUUCACGUCAUUACGUCUACGCAUUGUCUUGUUUAAGCGGCUUCACAGUGGAAUUUGCGACGAAAAACGGAGUGGCGUUUCACAUUUCCGUCCGAAUGGGCCUUUACGGACAAAACGUGAUCGUGUUCAAUCAUUUGGAGAAGGGAAGAUGGCAUCGCGAGGAACAUCAUCACAAUAAUAUCCACUUCGGAAGACCGUUCUGCAUGAAGAUCCACAACGAGCAUCGCAAGUAUUCGGUGAGAGAUUUGAACAAAUAAGAGCAUUCUGGUAACAUAUGUCACGGAAACCCAGCCCCUUCCAAUAAAAAAUUCCCUUGGCGCAAUUCACGUGCGCUAAACAAGGCGCGUAACGCGUAAUUUCGGAGCGUCGUUGUAGAGUUUCUCAUUUCAAUUUUCCCAUUUUUUUGCAUUAUCCCCAUCUUUUCAGAACCAAUCAGUGUCAAAACUUAUGAUAAUGAUUAAAAAUGAAUAAAAAAUUAAAUUUUAACUGCUUCGUCAUCAAUUUCGAAACGUUUGAGAAAAUUACAGAAUUUUUUUCCUUUUGGUAUCGAAAAUUUGCCUCAAUUAUCUCAAUUCUGUAUAUUUUUCGACGGUUGAGCGCUUAAAAGAUGCGCAAUAAACUCCUUGUUGACUGGACGGUUCGAAUGCCAGUGUCCGAACUCGAUUCGGCAAAUAAUCGUUAAAACUCCGUUUUUUUUUCAGUAGUUUUCGACAAAAUCCCUCAAUUUGGUCAAUUCUGAACGAAUCUGCUCCGUUUCGCGCUUAAAUCGAUGCUUUUAACUCAGACAAUCGCUUUAAGGUUCGCAAAAAACAAAAUUUGAGUGUUUAUUAAGAGAAAAACGAAAGAAUUCUGGUUUUCAAUUGAAAAAAGAAACUCUGAGUCGACGGUGGAUGCAAGCGCGCCCCAUCGGAAUGCGAACAUGCUCGGGCUCGUUAUUAUUGCUCUGACAGUAUACAGUUGACAGUGAGAAACUCAACGCGUCAACGGUAUCCGAGAAGUAUGCAAAAAAAAAGAGCCAUGAGUUGAUGUGAUCCAUUUGAAACCGACAAUUCUGUAGGUGCACGUGGACGGCCACCACAUUGGCCACUACCACCACCACAAGUGCCCGAAGAAGAUCGUGGCGCUGACGGUCCGCGGCGACCUCCGCAUCUCCAAAAUUCACUUUGAAAACUUCAAACAUCACAACGGAGGAGGUACGUUUAGAAUUUGUGUCAAUAAAAAUUAUCGUUCUCAACUUUAGGAAAAUGUGUAUGACAAGACUUUGAAACGGAAGAUUUCUUUUUGCAAAAUUAGUCUUUUUUAGCAUUACUCUUCGAUUUUAAGCGCUUGAUCGGUUAACAAAUAGACUUUGAAACUGAAAGUGCUUGAAAGUAAUUUUUUGGCUCAAAAUCAACGGAAAACAGAAAAUAUAAACUAACCUAAAAAUCGCCCGGUUUCCAGGAGUCGAAGUCGGUCUCGGAGUGGCUCCGACCCCAGUGAUUGUGGCUCAAGCACCGCCCCCUCCGAUGAUAGUUCCGCCGCCGCAAGUGGUCCCGGUCGUCCAACCGAUGGUGCAGCCGAUGUACCCGAACGUCCAGCCGCUCGUUUAUCCGACUGCCACCCCGGUUAUCUAUACCCAACCGGAAGUGAUCUACAUGGACGGAUACCAUCAUCAUCGUCACCACCAUCAUCAUUGUUGA